AUGCAUGCUAUCAUGGAAAACUAUGAAACAUUAACUCUAGUGUAUAACAAUUCGAACAUUUCAUACGAGGGCACACAGAGUAAUGAUUCGGAAGACGACUGGGUGUAUACGCUAGAUACCCUACCAGAAAAGAGAAUAAUAAUUCUAAGUAUUAUAUUCGGGGCAUCUAUACUUGUGUCAGCAGUAGGAAACGUUUCAGCCAUAGUCAUGUUAACUCGCCGAAAAGGACACAAAAACUCAUUAUACAGCUUAUUGAUGAAUCUAGCUAUCGCUGACUGGAGCAUGAGUAUCCUGUGUCUACCGUUUUUAUUCGCAUCAACCAUGUCUGUAGAGUGGGUAUUUGGGGCAUUCUUCUGUACUCUAAUUCCAUUUGCUCUGAAGAUUUCUGAAAUUGUCAGCAUAUUCACCUUGGUAGUUAUAGGAAUAGAUCGGUACCAUGCAGUCAUGUACCCACUCAAAAGAAGAAUAACUUCACGUCAGAAGACUGCAAUGCUGGUUUUAAUAUGGAUAGUAGCCAUAUUGCUAUCCUGUCCAAAGCCUGUGUUUUCGCUGUUGGUUGGAUAUCCAGUGAAAGGCAAUAGAACAGCGUAUGUAUGUACGGAGAGAUGGCCUGUAUCAUCGUAUUGGAAUCUUACAAAAUUGUAUAUAUGGUUACUGUUUAUUGUGACAUAUUUAGUACCGUUGGCUAUUAUCACUGGUUGUUAUCUGAGGGUAGCUUUCAGAUUGUGGAACCGACGACUUCCAGGUCAAGCGAACGUAGUACGGGAUAAAGAACACGAACAAACUAAAAGAAAGCUCAAAUAUGAACAACUUUAUGAUGGUGAACAAUCUCUUAUUGUCUGCCUUAUGAGGCGAAAUCCCCGUAGUCAAGAUUUAGUCUACGGGAGGAUUGAGCUUGCGAGAUGA